CGUUCUCCCCCAGUGAUCGAAUGGGAAGGAGUAGCCGUGCAAGCAGCAUGGCACGCGCCGUAUGUGCUGUUGUUCAACCCGACUUUCGUCGAAGUACGCCACGUCGAGUCGGGACGUUUGGCCCAGCUCGUAUCUGGUCAGGAUAUCCGGUGUGUUUGGGACGGCCGGGGCCUCCUCCCUACAAGACUCGCCCAGCAACUGGGAGACGACUUCGAAGACCCCCGAACGCCCCGGAUACACGCGGUCAUGGAU